ACAUCUACCGGUGAUAUUUUCAAGCAGUUCUUUUUUAUGGUGGCUCUGAAAAUUUGUAAGUAAAUAUUUUUAAAAUCAGCGAUCAUCUCAAAAAACGAUCACAAUGGGGAAGAUAAUGAAACCAGGUAAAGUCGUAUUGGUCCUUGGUGGCCGUUACGCCGGCAGGAAAGCUAUCGUAGUAAAAAACUACGAUGAAGGAACUGGAGACAAGCCCUAUGGUCAUGCAUUAGUUGCUGGAAUCGACAGAUAUCCACGUAAAAUUCACAAAAGAAUGGGUAAAGGAAAGAUGCAUAAAAGGAGCAAAAUUAAGCCAUUCAUUAAGACACUAAACUACAAUCAUUUAAUGCCAACUCGUUAUUCAGUAACAGAUCUUACUGAUGUUAAAAUCACAACCAAGGAUUUGAAAGACCCAAUGAAGAGAAAGAAGGCUCGUUUCCAAACAAGAGUUAAGUUUGAAGAGAGGUAUAAGCAAGGAAAGAAUAAAUGGUUCUUCCAGAAAUUGAGGUUCUAAUUAUAAUAUAUUAGCAUUUAAUAAAAUAAGAUAAUUUUA